AUGGCGAAUAAAAUAUCGUCUGCACCAGCCGCAUUCAAAUCACCGGUUUGGCAACAUUUUGGUUUUCCUACAGAAACUAUCGACGGGAAAGAGGUAACCAAUAAACAAUUAGCGGCUUGUAAAUUAUGUGAUUACAAAACGAAGUACACCGGAGCGACGACAAACCUUUCAACUCAUUUAAAAAGACAUCACCCUGAAGUUGACAUCGAGUCUCGGACACAUAAAUAUGCUGAGAGUAAACGAAAAUCAACUAGCGAAAGCGCAACACAUAAUCCUAAACAAUCAAAACUGAGUGAAGUGUUUUCAAGGCCACUACGUUUCAAUUGUGACCGUGCAACGGCAAUAAGUAGGUCAAUUGCAAAAUUUAUUGCGAUCGAUUUGAGGCCCUAUUCAAUCGUAGAAAAUGCGGGAUUUAAAGCGAUGAUCAAAACAUUGGAACCGAAAUAUAACAUUCCAUCUCGACCGUACUUCAGUAAAACACUUAUACCUCAGCUUUAUGAAGAAACAAAAUCGUCUGUUCUUGAUGAACUUAAAACUGCCAGUCAUGUUGCCAUCACCACAGACGGCUGGACUUCACGUGCUGUCGAUAGUUAUAUAACAAUAACUGCUCAUUACCUCUGUGAGCACUUUGAAAACUGGGAACUUUGUAAUCGUGUAUUACAAACCAGGGUAAUUCAUGAGUCGCAUACUGCAGUUAAUGUGGGUGCAGUUCUGUCUAGUGCUAUUACUGAGUGGGGCUUGGCAAGAUUAAAUGGACAGGUACCUGUUGUUACUGACAACGCCAGUAACAUGGACGGAGCUGUUAGGGCUGUAGGGCUGCUGGACUGGGGCCGAAUAUUAAGUGCUUUGCACACACUAUUAACCUAG